AUGCCGCUGCCUCGUACCCUCCUCAUCCUCCUCGCCGUCAGCCGGUCGGGGAGGCAGGGGGGCGGGUGCGAGAUGACCUAUGGCUUCUUGCCGUGCAUGGAGACGGCGAGGGGCAACCUCUUCCUCACAAUGUCCUAUGUCUUCCUCAUGUUCAAGUCCCCCAUCGAACUGCUGCUCGAGAUCCUCGGCCCGGGGAUCGUCGGCGGCCUCUUCCUCCCCAUCCUCGGCGCGCUGCCGGACGCCUUGCUAAUCCUCGGUAACUAG